CUAUUCUCCUCCCUCCUUCCCCCGCGUGUCUCCUCCCCUCUCUUUCGCUGUGUGUCACUGACCCAGAGGCAGGGUGAGGCGGAGGGGGGACCGUGGGGGGCGCCGCCGCCGCUGCGCUGCUCGGUUUCGCGGUGCGUGCGUUCUCUUCCCCCGCCGGGAUCGCCCCCACGUCAGGGGGCUUCGGAGCCUCCCCGUUCUUUUUCUCUCCCUCCCGUCUCUCUCUCUGCCGCCGGUCUCCGUCGCUCCAGUUCCGGGGCCAACUUCUCAUCGGUCGGCGCUCGCCGGGCUCGAGAGAAGCCCGCGGCGGCCGCUCGAAGGACUCCAGAGCUUCCGUCGAGUCUCUCGCUUCACCCUCCUGCCUCCGAGCUCCUCUGUCUCUCCGUGUCGGUGGAAGGGCUGUGAGGGAAUCCCAGUCACCGACGGAGAUCGCCCGGAAAUAAUGCAAAAGGUGUCCCCAGGAUCCUGAUCAGUGAACGAGAAUUUGAGACAGAAAACCAAGCUCAUGUUUUCUCCUGAUCAAGAAAAUCAUCCAUCUAAGUCACCAGUAAAAUAUGGUGAACUCAUUGUCUUAGGGUAUAAUGGGUCACUCCCAAAUGGUGAUAGAGGAAGGAGAAAAAGUAGGUUUGCUUUGUUUAAAAGACCUAAGGCAAAUGGGGUGAAGCCCAGCACUGUGCAUAUUGCCUGCACUCCACAAGCUGCAAAGGCAAUAAGCAAUAAGGACCAACAUAGCAUAUCAUAUACCUUGUCUCGAGCUCAGACAGUGGUGGUUGAAUAUACUCAUGACAGCAACACUGAUAUGUUCCAGAUCGGACGAUCUACUGAAAGCCCCAUUGAUUUUGUAGUAACUGAUACAGUUCCUGGAAGUCAAAGCAAUUCAGAUACCCAGUCAGUGCAAAGUACUAUCUCAAGAUUUGCAUGUAGAAUCAUAUGUGAACGGAAUCCCCCCUUCACAGCCAGGAUAUAUGCUGCAGGAUUUGACUCAUCAAAAAACAUCUUUCUUGGGGAAAAGGCUGCCAAGUGGAAGACUGCAGAUGGGCAAAUGGAUGGUUUGACCACAAAUGGAGUUCUUGUUAUGCAUCCGCGCAAUGGCUUUACUGAAGACUCGAAACCAGGGGUAUGGAGAGAGAUCUCAGUGUGUGGAAACGUAUUCAGUCUGCGUGAGACCAGAUCGGCUCAGCAGAGAGGGAAAAUGGUGGAAAUUGAAACCAACCAGUUACAGGAUGGCUCUUUGAUUGACCUGUGUGGUGCCACCUUGCUAUGGCGGACGGCAGAAGGCCUUUCACACACUCCAACAGUAAAGCACCUGGAAGCUUUGAGACAGGAGAUAAAUGCAGCACGGCCUCAGUGCCCUGUUGGGUUCAACACACUUGCUUUUCCUAGUAUGAAAAGGAAAGAUGUCGUCGAUGAAAAGCAGCCCUGGGUGUAUCUGAACUGUGGCCAUGUUCAUGGGUAUCACAACUGGGGAAACAAAGAAGAGAGAGAUGGGAAGGACCGUGAAUGCCCCAUGUGUAGGUCGGUGGGCCCUUAUGUCCCCCUUUGGCUUGGCUGUGAAGCUGGGUUUUACGUGGACGCAGGCCCUCCGACUCACGCCUUCAGCCCUUGUGGGCACGUGUGCUCAGAGAAAACAACUGCCUACUGGUCUCAGAUCCCCCUUCCUCAUGGAACUCACACUUUCCACGCAGCCUGCCCUUUCUGUGCACACCAGCUGGCCGGCGAGCAGGGCUACAUAAGACUCAUAUUCCAAGGACCUCUAGACUAAUAAACACGCGUUAGGGCGGCGCUAAAUUUAUAAGCUAAGUGAUGCAGGUUUUUCCCAACAGUUGUCCACAAACUUCUCUGCUUUCAUCAUUCACAUUAAGAUGAAGACUUUUUUUUAAAAAAAAAAGAAAUUUUUUUGUAUUUGUAACAAAAAUUCCUGAGCAAAGUCUGGAAAAGUCAAGCAAAGGAAUCUGGUGUAAUUCCAGACUCCCAUAUUCUGUGUCUGAGUAUAUAUUUUGAAGAAAGAAUUACAGUCUAAUUCAAUGCCUUCAUUUCCGUGUUUUUUGAAUCACUCAUCCUCGGUGUCUAAGAGAUGUUUUGUAUUACUGAGGUACUGUUGGUUCAAACUAUGUUAGUUUACAGUUUGGAUGCAAACAUUGUAAAAUACAACAACAUGUACAUUAACUUUCUUUUUCUAUUUAUCUUCAUUAUAGAAAAUAUCUGAGAGUGUAUUUGUUAGAGUAGCAAAGUAGUGUAACAUCCCUGGCGUGGAUGCUUUGAGUCACUAGCCGAGAACAAGGUUAGGAAAAACAUUAUGAAACAAUCUUUUUCUUUUUUUUUUUUUAAUCAAAAAUAAUAUUAAAUUUGCUAGAUUUAGUAGAAUGCUUUGUAAAACUGAAUUUCAUACAAAUUACAUUGUGUAAGAUUUGUUCAAGUUUAACCACAUUAAAGAUAAUCAGGAAGGAUUUUCUUAAAAUGUUUCUCUAGUGUAUAGUGCUAUAAAAGAACUUAUCACUAAGAAACAUUUUAUAUGCUCCUUUGAAUAUGCAAUUUAAUCUAGAUUAUAUAUUUUUCUCCCAUGAUAACUAAUCUGUUUUUAGUAUUAGCAACAUUCGGCAGGUUUAUUUAUUUUUUUUUAGACACAAACUGUGGUUCAUCUGUUCACUGGAAAAAUCUUUCAUAAUUAGAAGCUGCAUAAAUUAGCAAGGAGGGAGAGUGACUUGACUUUUUAGAAAAAGAGAUGCUUAAAUUGGAUGUUCUACAUUUGGCCUUAUCUACAGAUUUGGGGAUAUAAAGAUACAGACACAGAAGUACAGUGGGCUGAAUGGGAAAAAAAAAAAAAAAAAAACACGUUUGUCUUUGAACCCA